AUGACUUCUCUGCGGUCCUGGUUCAACAUCCCUCGAGGGUCACACUUCUCGCUCGCGAACGUACCUUUUGGUAUCAUUUCGACAGCAUCAUCGAAGACACCGCGGGUCGCCGUUGCUAUUGGAGAUCAUGCGUUGGAUCUCGAGGUCUUUGCAGCAAAUAAUGGCUUCUCAGGGCUAUCGAUGAUCCAGCCACACCAAGCUGUUUUCUCACAGCCAUCACUAAAUGCUUUCGCGGCGCUCGGACGACCCAUCCACUCCGUUGUGCGCAAGUACAUCCAGAGCGUUUUCACCGAAAGCACAGAGCUUCCAGACGUCCUGAAGGACAACGAGUCAUUACAGAAGCAGGCAUUGAUACCAUUGCAAGAUGUGAAAAAGCAUCUGCCCUUCAAGAUUGGCGACUACACCGAUUUCUUUGCCGGCAUGAACCACGCCUACAACUGCGGCGUAAUCUUCCGUGGCCCUACAAACGCAUUGCAGCCCAACUACAAGCAUCUCCCUGUUGGCUACCACGGUCGCGCAUCGUCAGUCGUACCCUCAGGAACGCCAAUCCGCCGACCAAACGGCCAGAUUUUGCUAAACCCUACUGCCGAAAAGAAGGAACCGACCUUCUCACCUUGCAAGAAGCUUGACAUGGAGCUGGAACUCGGCGCAUUCAUUUGCGGUUCGAACGAGCAAGGAACACCCAUACCGAUUGACAAGGCUGCAGACAACAUUUUCGGCGUUGUGCUGAUGAAUGACUGGUCGGCUAGAGACAUCCAGGCUUGGGAGUAUGUGCCCUUGGGGCCCUUCAAUGCAAAGAACUUCGGCACCACAAUCAGCACCUGGGUCGUACUCGCGGAUGCACUGGAGCCCUUCAAGGUAAAGGGUCUCGAGAAUGAUGGGAGUGUGUUGCCGUACUUGAAGGAAAGUGAUGAAAAGUCCGUGUUUGACAUCAAUCUUCAAGUAGAUGUGAAGAGUACAAUAGCCUGCUCGGGCCACAACACUACGAUCUCGAAAGUCAACGCCCGAAACCUCCUGUGGUCGUUCCCACAAAUGCUCGCACACCACACCAUUACUGGCUGCCCGUUCCAGCCCGGCGACCUCCUUGGCUCCGGCACAAUAAGUGGUGAUUCUCCUGCAGAAUACGGAAGUUUCAUAGAACAGAGCCAGAAUGGAAAGGAGCCCAUAAAGCUCAGCGGCGGGGAAAUGAGGACCUUCUUAGAGGACGGAGACGAGAUCACAAUCAGAGGAGUAUGUGGGCAUGAUGAGGAGGCAUUGGUAGGGUUCGGUGAGUGUGUGGGUAGGAUCGAGCCUGCGCUCGAGCUCAAGUUCGACUGA